AUGGUUGACCAAGCACAAGUCAAGCCUUGGCUCCGACCAGCCUUGAAAUCAUACAUCCUCACCAACGCCAACAUCGUCAAUGUCGUCGAUGGAUCAACUCGCUCAAAAGCAGCCGUCCGCGUUCAAAAUGGUCUCAUUGAAAAAAUCGUCGACUCCACCACCUCCGUCAUUGAAGAAGCUCAACACCAGGGAUUCCAAAUCAUCGACUGCAAGAAUGGCUUCAUAUGUCCCGGAUUAAUCGAUGCUCAUGUCCACAUCAUGGCCGUCCCUGGCUUUCAGGACAUCUCCUCGGCGUUUGGCAACCCUAACGACGUUUCAGUCCUCCGACAACCCUACGUUUGCGCUCAGAUGCUCUACCGCGGCUUCACCACCGUUCGAGAUUGUGGCGGUGCGCUGCUGGCUCUCAAGGAAGCCAUCAACGAUGGUGUAUUCCCCGGCCCACGAUUAUUCAUCGCYGGACACGCCCUCUCUCAAUCCGGCGGACACGCCGACUUCCGAGGCGCCCACGAUUCCUCCUUCUGCUCCUGCGGCGACUUGACAGGACUGGGUCGUGUCUGCAACGGCGUGGCAGGAUGUAUGCAAGCCGUUCGAGAAGAGAUUCGCACCGGUGUCGACUUUAUCAAAAUCAUGGGAUCCGGGGGUGUAUCGAGUCCCACGGACAAAAUCGACCAUCUCCAAUUCACAGGCGCAGAGAUCCGAGCCAUGGUCGAGUGUGCCGCCAAUGCGGGCACCUAUGUCACAGCGCAUGCAUACACGUCCAAGGCCAUUCGACAUUGCAUCGAUAAUGGAGCCCGAGGCAUCGAACACGGCAAUUUCCUCGAUGUGCCCACGGCCAAACUCAUGGCUGAGCUAGGCUGCUAUCUCACCCCUACCCUCGUCACUUACUCCGAAAUGGCCUCGAAGAAGUGGGCCGGCUUUCUAACCCAGGAUCUCGCGGUUAAGAACGCACAGGUCUUGGAAUCGGGCUUGCAAGCGCUGAAAAUUGCAUCCGAUAAUAAUGUGACCAUUUGUUACGGAUCCGACCUUUUGGGACCCUUGGAUUUUACAGAGCGCUACCAUCAAUCCUGCACGUAUGGUCGGACGGGAGAAGUCGCUGGGGCAAAUUCAGCCUGGUUUUGA